GGUUUGAGAAGCAAAAGAGGCAGAGUUUGGGACGUGGAAAGCGAGAAUUGUGUGAGUGAGGGAAGUGGAGGGCAGAGUGAUCCUGAGGAACAUUCAGCAAAGCAAUUGAGUAUUCGUGGAGGCAUCUGCAGAAUGACCAGCAGGGUGGCCCUGUUUUAAGGUCAGGUGCUGUCGUGAUCUACGCACAAGCCAACUGACACUUGUCAUCAUGGCAGAAAUUUGUGAAUGGGGAUGAUCAUUGCUGGACCGCAGUGUGGGCUGCUGUGAUUCAUCGGAAGACUAGUAGUGGCCAGGAUGACUAGCUGGUUUGCCUGUUCCUCCAAGCACAAACAAACGGCUGACUGGAAUAAAUAUGAUGAGCGUUUGAUGAGAGCAGCAGAGAGGGGAGAUGCAGAGAAGGUCUCAUCCACACUUGCCAAGAAGGGGGUUAAUCCCAGCAAACUUGAUUUGGAGGGACAUUCAGCAUUUCAUGUUGUAGCUUCAAAGGGUCACCUGGAAUGUCUGAAUCUUAUCCUGGUACAUGGGGUAGAUCUCGUAGCUCCAGAUGCAGCAGGUAGAAACGCUCUGCAUUUAUCAGCAAAGUAUGGCCACUCCUUGUGUCUGCAGAAAUUGCUGCAGUUCAAUUGCCCAACAGAAAAUGUGGAUCUGCAAGGCCGCACUGCUUUACAUGAUGCAGCCAUGUCUGAUUGCUGUUCCAGUGUGCAGCUUCUCUGUGAUCAUGGAGCAUCUGUUAAUGCAAAAGAUGGGGAUGGAAGGUCUCCCCUGGCGCUCUCGACUCAGAUGUGUCGUCCUGCCAUAUGUCAAGUUUUAAUAGAAAAAGGAGCAGACAUAAAUUCCAGAGACAAGCAGAAUAAAACCCCCUUGAUGCUGGGCUGUGAGUAUGGCUGCAAAGAGGCAGUGGAUGUCUUAUUAAGAGCUGGAGCUGAUGUUAACUUGGUUGACUCCUUUGGUCAUGACUGUGCAUAUUACAGCAGAAUUGGAGAUAACCUGGAGAUCCUGACUAUGAUCAAAACAGCCAUGGAGAAUUCACCUCAAGGGCUAGAUCCUGUUCGAAGGAUUGUCUCUCUGCGCACGAGAAGAACAAAGCAGAACUCAGUGGAAGAGGGUAGUGUUGUGUCUAAAGAUAAGUCACUGGAUCUGGAAGUUGAGAAUGAAAACUUACGAGAGAGGCUUCUGAAAAUACAACAUGAGCAUAGAACUCUCUUUGAGAAAGUGGAGGGGCUACAACAUCAGCUCAGCCAGGAGCAAAUGAUGACUGAUGACCUAGAGAAUGAGAAGGAGCAUCUGAAUUCUAUUCUAGAAGGAAAAGAAAAAGAACUGGAAGAAUGUCUGAGAAACAUGGAAAUUUUGAGUGGAAAAGUGAGAUUUUAUGAGCAGAAGAAUUACUUGCUACAGAACAGCCCAUUCAAUAAUGGAAAAGAUGAAGUUGUGAUGAAACAGAAUUCUAUACUGGGUGUGGACCCACAGCUUGCAGCUCACCUGCCUGCCAGGUCGCCGCUGCGGCCUUUGGAGCUCCCAGGAGAGAAUACAGAUCAGCAGCACCAUGAAUUGGAAACUAUGCGUAGAUACUAUGAAGCUGCAAGAGAUGAAACAAUAAAGUUGCAACAGGAGUUAUCGAGGAGGUCUUCUGAAUGUAUGGCGCUUGUCUCAGAGAGAGAUCGGUGCAAGACAGAGUCCGACCAGCAAAUUCAGCAACUAGAAGAUGCAUUGCGAGAUGUACAGAAAAGAAUGUUGGACUCUGAGGGGAAGGUCAAGCAAAUGCAAACUCAUUUCUUAGCCCUAAAAGAUCACCUGACUCAGGAAGCUCUGAGUGGUAGUUCCCGUGCUGAGGACAUGCAGGAGCAGUUGAGAGAAGUAAAAGGAAAAUACGAGGGAGCAUCGGCCGAGGUUGGCCAACUACGAAAUCAGCUGCGCCACAAUGAACUACUGGUACAAGAGCUACGUAGAGAGGAUGCCCGAUUGCAUAAGGAAUAUCGCAGGCUGCAAGAUGAGAUGGCUGUUUGUGAAGAAGACAGGGAGCAUGCAAAACGUAUAACACAGGAGGCUAGAGAGCAGCUUGCCCUUUCUGUCACUACAGACAAGUUUGAGAACAUGCGCAGUCUGCUUAUCAAUGAAGUAAAUGAGAAGUCCCGGGCAUUAGAAAUGGCUGAAGGGGAAUUGGAACAAGUGCAACAAGAGCUUGAAACUGCACAAAGAGAAAAGAAAAGAACAGAAAUCAAGUUAGAUACAUUGAGGAAAGAAGUUGAAGAAAUGAACGGUAAGAACCAAAGCCUGAGACGAGAGGGUGAAAAACUGCAAGCAGAAAAGGUUCUGCUAUUGCGGCAAAUUGAGGAUCUUGCCACACAAAUUAAGAGCCAACAUGUCCCAGCUGAGUUUCACGUGGAGACCAAAAGAGCUUUAGAAGAAACCAUUUCUCAGCUUAACCAGAGACUAGCCGAUUAUGAAAAGAAUCACAGAAAGUCUGAAAUGGAUAUGGAAAAACUGCAGAAAGAGAAAAAAGUGUUAACUGAGAAUAUAUCACUGCUUCACACCUCAAGUACCUCCAAAGAGAAAUAUGAAAAAGAGCUUAAAUACAUGAACACUAGGGUUAUAGAGCUGGAAAGACAGCUGGCUGAGGCACAGAGGAAAUUUGACGAGGAGACUGCAAGAGCAAGUAGUCUUCAGUUGGAGAAUGCUAGUUUUAGGGAGGAUUAUCUGCCACUGACCACCCACCAGAAGGUCACUUCCAUGCUGACUAGUGAGCGUGACAGGACUAAAGAAGAGCUGGUAACUCUAAAGAAGCAAGUUGAAAAAGAAUAUGGAGAGAAGGCUAUACUAGAGUCACAGCUUCAGAGUCAGUGUUCAAAACACACAGCACUGCAAGCACAGGCAGAUCAUGAAUCUCUCAAGCGGGAAGAUAUGCAAGCAGAGAUGGAAAGCAUUGUUCGAGAACGAGAAGAACUGCAAGCACAGCUGAAAACCAGAGCGGAAGAGCUAUCCGAUUUGCAUGCUUUAAUGAGCCAGCUGAAAAUUCAGGUAGAUAAUGAAUAUGUGAAGCUUAAAGUACAUGAAGAGAAAAUGGUGGAACUGCAAAGGCAAAAAGAGCAAAUUUUGCAAGAGUUAUCUCAAGCCCAUGCCAAGAACCAGCAAUCUCAAGAGGAAGUGCUGAGACUUCAGACUGCCAUCCAGGAGCAGAAAAAGGAGCUUGAUACACUGCAUCACUGCAUUUCAGAGAAAUACGCUCCACUUGCCAGUAUAGAAGAAAGAGAGCAAAGCUUUCAGAAAUCGCUUAGUGCACUAGAGAAUGAACUGCAGGAGGAACGCGGCAAAAGCAGAGAGACUCUGCACAUGUUGGAGCAACAUAAGCAGAAGGCACAAGCCCUCCAGAAAGAACUGGAGUGUGCAAAAUUAGCGUUACAACAGGAACGCGCUGCUCAGGAGAAAGAGAAGCUUAUGCUGCGAAGUCAACUAGCAGAAAUGCAAGCACUACUUCUUGAACUGCAGAAGUCCGAGACUGAGAUGAAGCAGAAACAGCAAGAACUACGAGAACAUAACUUAAAGGCUCAAAACAGAAUCUGUGAGAUGAAAAAUCAACUGAGCAACCAGUACAUUCCCAUUCAGCAGCACGAGGAACUAAAAACUAUUUUAAGCAACACCAAGUUAUCUCUAGAGGUAAAGGUGAAAGAACAAAUUUGUCUGUAUGAAAGGGAACAGGAGAAAGUAAUGAGUCUGGAAAAAGAACUUGAGAAACAGAAAGAUGGUUCUCUUUCCCUAGUGCAACAUGCCCAAGAGAUAAAGGCCUGGGAAAAAAGACAAACAGAAACACAGAAAAGGCUGCAGGAAAAGGAGGAAGAAGCACAGGCAGCGAUGCGAGAGAUUAAACACCUCACCGAUGAAGCACACACACUUCAUCUCAACUUGCAGGAGGCAGAGCGAGAGAAAGAAAAUUGUGCUGCUACAAGGAUAAAACUAGAGCAGAAAGUAGCUCAGAUUGAACAAACCAGCAACAAGGACAACGAAGAAGCCAGGCAAAUGGCCCAAGAGUUGCAAAAAUCACAAGAGGAGAAUGUAAAUUUAAAAGAGAAGAACAGUGUCAUUGAACAUGAAAUUUCACAGCUCAAAGGAAGGUACAAUGAAUCUGUGACCACGAUAGAAGAGCUAAAGAGCCGAAUCCUGUUGUCAGCCAAAGACCUUAAAGACAAGGACAAAGAGAUCUCUGUUCUCGUUGAUGAUGUGGAGCGGUUGAAAAUGGCUAAAAUCCAGAUGACGGAAGUUGCUGGGAAGAAACUGUCAAGUGAGAUCUUGCAGUCUCAGGUGCUAUCUCUACAGCGCCAAUUGGAGGAAGCUCAACAGAAACAUCAGGACAUCAUUUCCAUCUACCGCUCACACUUGCUUAGUGCUGUCCAGGGUCACAUGGAUGCUGAUGUUCAAGACGCCUUGUUACAAAUUAUCCACAUGCGACAAGAGCUUGUUUGCUGAAAUCAUCUCUCCUUCUGUUAUGUGAAUAGCGGCCAGGGGCUCACUGUACGUUAAACUAGUAUGAUUCAAUAUAUGCAAUUAUGGGAGACUAAAAUACUAAAUAAAUGUGUUUAGGAAGGGCGUUAGUAACGGUACACACAUAAGGACACAAAGAAGAGAGGUAAAUAGGAAUGCACCGAAUCCACUAUUUUGGAUUUGGCAGAAUACCGAACCAAACCCUAAUUUUCAUAUGCAAAUUAGUGGUGGGAAGGUGAAAACAUUUUUUACUUCCUUGCUUGGUGACAAAAAGUCACGCAAUUUCCCUCCCCGCCCCUAAUUUACAUAUGCAAAUUAGGAUUUGGGUUUCGGCCGGAAAAGGCCGAAUCCCGAACUGAAUCCUGGAUUCGGUGCAUCAUGUAGAAGAGAAGGUGAUGGAAGGUACUUAAUGAUAAUGGUAAGAGUAAUGUGACGUACUGGGGGCCUUAAAGUUGGUUGUUGGAUUGUCUAUGAGAGAGGAAAAUGAAUACAGACACAAAGAAUGCAACAAGAGAUGGAGGUGAGAGAGGAAGAAAAUGCCCUGCAAUGGGACAUGUGAUCUGAGUGAGAUGGACAUUAGAGAGAGAAUAUGUAAGUGUAAUAAAGGGCUGGGUAUGAGAAUAGAGAAGGCAACAUACAAUGGGAGGUAAGAUUUGACCUGUAUCUUAUAAAAGGGGAAUAUAACUUGAGGGGGAUAAUUUUCUUAGGAGCACAAUGUACAAUACUUAUUUGUGUACAUUAGUAUUCACUAUUUGCUCAGCCAAGUUCUUUAUUUUCACCCUUGCCUGAAAAAACAGAUCUUGGUUGUUAUACUAAGCUCUAAAAUGCCUUAAAGGGCACCAAUAAUUUACAAAGUAAAUACACUAUGUGAAAGUUCAAGAAAUCUGAUUUUUAAAACAGUUAGAAUUGUUUGUUUAAUGUAAAUCAUCAGCUUACUAUACCUUCUGCAGGAUCUCCCCUAUCUCUACUGCAGUUCUAGCUGAGGCAGGCAUCUUGGAUUUCACUGGCUCCUCCUACCUAUAUCUUCGCAACCAACUGCAGCUCUGAAAUCUCGCACAUGCUCAGUUGAAAUUCCUUGGUUGCCUAGAAACACUUCUUGGCUAUUUUCAAAGCAGCCAAACUUCUGUGUUAACUGCUGUUCAGUAGUCCUGCCACCUUCUGGAAGUUAGUGUGUGCCCUUCAUUUGCACAAUGACAUCACCAGCAGGGGACAAGAGAGGGAAAUCUUGUGAUAUUUCUAGUGGAGGAGUUUACUAAAGCUAGGCAUUCUGGGUAGAAUACUCUGGACACUGCUACAAACUGAGCAUGCUCCUGAAAUUUGCAUAUUAUAGUCACAGUAUGGAUUCCCUCAGUGAAAGAACCCAUUUGACAAAGUAAAGGAUUUUUUAAAAGCUGCUGGUUUUUUUUUUCUUUCUAAAAACUGUAUAUGUAGUUUGAUUAAAUGUGUCUAGGUUGUACUGGUCAGAUUGUUAAUAUGCCUUUGAUUUUGGCUGUGAUAGGUGCCCUUUAAAUGUAUUCAGUAUAUAAUGGUCAUUAAUAGAACUGAGACUUACAGGAAAAACACCAGGCUCCACAUUACCAGUUUACACUCCCAGUACAUAGACGUAGAAUUCUGUAUUUAUUUUGUACAUUAUAUAUAUUUUGUAUGGAUGAAUUUGAUCACUUCAUGGAAUGAACAGCUGGUCUGACAGAUAUUCCAUGGGGACUAGUGUAUAGGGGGCAGGUCUAUAUCCAGUAUACAUUCAUGUGCCAGACAUUUGCCUUUUCUUUCCUUUUAUUAUGUCUUUUAGACCUGUUUACAGCAGUGUUUGCUUACAGUACCCGUUACUAUUUUUGCUCAUGCUGGACAAUAGUGAGCCUGGCUUCUUUUAUACCUUUUCACUUAGAGGCAAAAAUAUGUGUUUGUUCUCAGUCCUAUUUCUUGGCUGCAUUUGUGUAAAGUACAAUAAAUAAAUCAUGUAAAA